CAUUUUUUUAGAUUCAGUAAACGGCCCGUUAAUACUUAGAUUUAAGUGUGUUAGAAGUGAUGAUAGUAUCAAAUAUGAUUUCAGUUCAAAAAAAAUAGUUCUGUUAAAUACGAGGAAUAAGCGCAACAUUGGUGAUGAUUAUGAUGAUAUGGAGAAAACUUUUCGUAUUCCUAACGAUGUGGAAAUACAGAAAGAUACUAUUGAUCAUCAAUAUUAUGUAAUGGAAAUUUAUACGAAUAGGUCAGAGAUGAUGAAGGAUUAUUAUAUUGAUAUAUUGGAAAUGUUAGAAAAACCGGAAACUGUUGGCAAUAAAAGUCAUCCACUGUUAUCAAAUAGUUAUAGAAGAGCCGUUGCUGCACGAAUCCAAUUCGAUUUCCCAUUUUAUGGUCAUCGCAUGAGGAAUCUAACAAUUGCUACUGGAGGUUUUGUAUAUAUUGGAGAUCAGUCUCACAGUUGGCUUGCUGCGACUCAAUACAUUGCACCAUUAAUGGCGAAUUUCGAUACUCAUGACGCGAAGUCAACCAUUAUGUAUGCAGAUGAUGGUAAAAAGUUUGUGAUUGAAUGGCGAAAUUUGCAACUUCGAGAGCAACGAUCGGAAGGCUUUUUUAUCUUCCAAGCUUCAUUGCAUAAGAAUGGUGAUAUAUGGUUUGUUUACAAAAAUAUCCCAAUUUCAGUUGAAAAUAUUAGUGAUUCUCAUCAUCCAGUAAAGCUUGGAAUGAGUGACGCUUAUCUUUUCCACCAUAAUAUACAUAAUCCGUUACCUAAUAUGGCUCAGACACCUUCUAUAAAGCGCGUAAUUUAUGAAUAUCAUCGAAUCGAAAUUCAGCCAUCAAAAAUUACAUCAAAUACUAUCGUAUUAAUCAAGGCUCAACCAACUUGUAUAAAGUUCCGAACAUGCGAUGAAUGUUCUAAUGCUACUCUUAAGCAUUUCAAUUGUUCUUGGUGUCACACAAAAGCGAAGAAUGGCGGACCGUUUUGUUCAGACCAAGCUGGAUUACAUCGUAGAAGACAACAGUGGAUUGAAGGAAAUUGCAAAGAUAACGGAAAAAUAACAUAUUGUGAACAAGGUGAAGAUUACAAUGAGAUUGAAGAGAGCGAUGAUGACAAAAGUGCAGAAAAUUCACCUGAGCAAAUGCAUGAAACUCAAUCUCCUUCAGAACCUGACCAAGUAGUGCCGUGGGAUCGCAACAAACAAAUUGAGAACACUGUGAAAACUGAAUCAGAUGAUUUCGAAAAUAGUGCAAAAAGUGGAUUUUUAUCAUUAUUUGUGGCACUUAUCGGUGUUUUACUUAUUAUCAGUUGGUAUCGACCUUCACGUUGGCACAUGCCAUCGAGCCAUGUUCGUUAUAGUGCUUCUGUACAUAUGUGA